CCUUAACUGAAUAACAUCAGUUGUGUUGGUUCUAACCCAUUUCUUCUUCUCCUUUGUCACCCCCACUGUCAUUUUUUUCUCUUCUCUGUCUUCUCCUUCCUUUUCCUCUAACCUUCUUCAUUUUUAACAGGGAUUGGAGCAGUCAAUAAGAGUCAGCGCCUUUAAAAAGAAAUCUACUCACUUUUCUGUGUGCAUAAGGCCGAGCAGAGGUUCUACCUCGCAAGAGGAACUGACUUCUGUUGAGUACUCAACACGCCGCAAAGACCAGCAAUCUUGCACCCUCACCUCACAGCAUGGAGACAGGAGACCAAGCUAAGAGAACCAGGAAUGAAGACAUUUUCAACUGCUUAUACAAAAACCCUGAGGCAACUUUUAAGCUGAUUUGCUUUCCCUGGGCAGGAGGUGGCUCCAUUCAUUUUGCCAAAUGGGGCCAAGAUACUCAUGAUUUGCUGGAAGUGCACUCCUUAAGGCUUCCUGGAAGAGAAAGCCGAGUUGAAGAACCUUUUGCUAAUGACAUCUCCCAGUUAGUUGAUGAAGUUGUUUGUGCUCUGCAGCCAGUCAUCCAGGAUAAACAAUUUGCAUUUUUUGGCCACAGUAUGGGAUCCCACAUUGCUUUUAGGACUGCACUACACCUAAAAGAAAACAAUAAACCAGAACCGUUGCAUUUAUUUUUGUCAAGUGCAACUCCUAUACACUCAAAGGCCUGGACUCGCAUUCCCAAAGAUGAUGAAUUGUCAGAAGAACAAAUUAGUCAUUACCUUAUGGAAUUUGGAGGCACCCCCAAGCAUUUGGUUGAAGACAAGGAAUUUGUGAAACAAUGUAGUACCAUCAUAAGGGCAGAUCUGAACAUUGUUAGUAGUUGCAUCUCUACUGUACCAUCUAAGGCUGUUCUUUCUUGUGACUUAACAUGUUUUGUUGGAUCUGAAGACAUAGCAAAGGACAUGGAAGCCUGGAAAGAUGUAACCAGUGGAAAUGCUAACAUUUGCCAGCUUCCAGGGGGUCACUUUUAUCUUCUGGAUCCUGCGAACGAGAAAUUAAUCAAGAACUACAUAAUCAAGUGUCUAGAAGUAUCAUCGAUUGCCAAUUUUUAGAUAUUUUUCCUUUCACUUUUAAAAUAAUCAAAGUAACAUGUUACUCUUUUCAGUUAUUCAGAUGUAGCUCAGUUUUAUUCAGAUUGGAAAUUACACAUUUUCUACUGUCAGGGAGAUUCGUUACAUAAAUAUAUUUAUGUAUCUGGGGACAAAGGUCAAGCCAGUAAAGAAUACUUCUGGCAGCACUUUGGGAGGCUGAGGCGGGCGGAUCACAAGGUCAGGAGAUCGAGACCGUCCUGACUAACACCGUGAAACCCCGUCUCUACUAAAAAUACACAAAAUUAGCCGGGCGUGGUGGUGGGCACCUGUAGUCCCAGCUACUCGGGAGGCUGAGGCAGGAGAAUGGUGUGAACCUGGGAGGCGGAGCUUGCAGUGAACCAAGUUCAUACCACUGCACUCCAGCCUGGGUGACAGAGUGAGACUCUGUCUCAAAAAAAAAAAAAAACUUCUGGCAGAGUCUUUUAUCUUCCUAUUAAAAUCUCACUUGAUUCUCCUUUAUGGGAAGUUUGUCAACAAAAUUCAUGAUUAGUAAAUUAUCCAUUUUUAUUUUUUUCCUUCAGUUAGUUUAAUGGUGAAGAUGAUUAACAGGGGAAAUGCUUGAAGUAAAUGAUUGUUUCAAUGACACACAUUGUCUCAAAGCUUGAUCUCAUUUUUUCAAAUGUAGAAUAGCCCCACAUAGUAAGAAAAUGUAACCUACUGCUUUGUUAAAAGAAGAUAGCCCUAAAUAAUUAUUGUCACUUGUGCAGGCAAGUCCUCAGAAUGCCUAUACCACACCCCUCUAAGGAGUUUCUUCUACACCACUUACUGGGGGGCUCUGCCACCCGGGCAUGUCUGGCUGCAACCUGGAUCCAGUUCCCCCAGUGGACGACCAAUCUAGAGGCUGGCCUGUGACAAAGGGAGUGGCCAAGCACAAAUCUCACACCUAAGAGGAUGCCUCAGCCUCACUCAGCAAUAACUUGAACUUGACUUAGGGAGAAAGCACAACAGCUGGAAGUAAACAGGAACCAAGAGAAAAAGAAAAGCAGAAAUAGGAGCCAGGUGCAGUGGCUCAACACCUGUAAUUCCAGCACUUUCGGAGGCUGAGCAGGAGGAUCAUUUCAGGUCAGGAGUUUGGGAGACCCCUGUCUCUACAAAAGAUUUUUAAAAUCAGCCAGGCAUGGUGGCGUGCACCUGUAGUCCCAGCUACUUGGAAGGCUGAGGCUGAAAGACCUCCUGAGCCCAGGAGGUCAAGGCUGCAGUGAGCUAGGAUCAUGUCAUUGCAUUCCAGCCUGAGUGACAGAGUGAGACCCUAUCUCAAAAAUAAAAAGUACAUAAGGUCUUAGUAAAUAAGAUUAAGGAAAAUGCAUACAGGUGGUAUUUUCCUAAAUUUAUCACUCUUUUUAAACAAAGCACAAAAAAUAUAAAAUUAACUAUUUGGGGGAGGCACUUUGAGUUAGAAUUCAUGUAAUAAAUUUAGGCUACAAAUAGCCUUAAGCAAAUUA